AUGUACCAGCAGCCAAGCCUGCAGUCCGCGCUCCCAGGAGAUGGAACCAUACCCCGACCUGGAGCUUUUCUGAAGUUAGAGACUCCGCACAGCGUGCCCGGUGUCCGGACAGAGCUUUUUGUUCAGUAUUUGGCUACAUACUCCUACAAACACGGCAGGGGCAAGGAGAAGAACGCUCUGACUUACAGUGACCUGUCUCAUACUGCCGAAGAGUGUGAGACUUUUCAGUUCCUUGCAGAUAUCUUGCCAAAGAAGAUCCUAGCUAGCAAAUACCUAAAAAUGCUUGAAAAGGAGAAGCGAGAUGGAGAAGUGGGAGAAGAUGAUGAAGAGGAUGAGGAGGAAGAGGGUGAAGAUAAAGCUGCUGAUCAAGAUGUUGGGUCUUAAGGCCAACAGAGAAUUGCUUCAUAAUUGAUCCAUUUUUUAUUGUAUAAAUUAUGUUAUUUUUGUGACUGAGAAUCCAGAUGCUGGAUAUAUUUAUAUACUGAGCCAUCUGCCUUUGCUUUAAGAAGUUUAGAAAUUGAUGUUUUUAUUUUGAAGAACAGAAUUCUUCCCUCAGGAGCAUGGUGGGGUAAGAAGAGCUAAUACAGCAGAACUUGCUCAGAUCCUUUUAAAUUACUUCUUCAGACAAUCAUAGUCCAAAUUUAAAUUUCUCAAGGGCAGCUUUCAGUCCAAAAGCUCUUCUGCCCUCAGACUAGCAGGGAGUUGUUCCCCAGUUUUUGUUUCCCCUUGGAGUGGAAGAUGAGAUGAGGGGAGGUGUUUUACACAGUGUCUACUGUCCUCGGCCUUCUCCUUCUUGGGGAGCCAGUAACCAGUCAGACCCUCAGUCUUCUGGAACAGUGCCAGGGCAUUCGCACCGGACCAAGCCCAUUUAAAAAGUCUUUUGUAAAAACAGCUACUUCUGUAAUGCAGCUUCAAUAGCCACAGUGGCACAGAAACAGGGUAGAGGAUGAGAUCCAUUCCAAGAGCUAAUGUGGUUCUGUGGCUGU